AUGGAUCCAACUGCCUUUUCACGUUAUAAUAUCAAUGGUUUCGUGACGGCACGACUCAGUGGAUAUAUCGCAUUCAAUAAAGAUGGACCGCCAAUGGCAAUUAGUGCUAGUCCGUCAAAUAAAUUUAAUUUAUAUUCAUUCGUAGUUUCAUCUGGGUUUCGAAAUCAGUUAAGAUUAACUAUUCUUGAUUAUCGUCAAUCGAAGAUAUUGUAUUCGGCAACAUAUCCGCUGUAUACACUUUGGCAACAAUUAAUAAAAUUAAACUAUUUAGACGUUGAGGUGGUCACAUUAUCUGCUGUUGGUUCGUCAGAAUUCUCUAUGGAUAACUUAUGUCUUUCAGCGUAA